AUGCCGAAUUCUUUUGGAGAAAUGCUGCUCAAUUGGGCUAAAAAUCUCUCGACAGAAACAUAUCAAAGGAGUCUAUUUCUCUUAUUGUUUAUUUGGUUUCGUCGAAAUAAAUGGGUCUUCGAAAAUGCAUGGGACUCGGACGAGGCUCUUCUUCUCAGGCACAGUAGAUUGGUGGCUGAUUUUGGUGAGUACACUGAGAAGAUUUAUGGAGGUACUUCUCCUCCAAGUGAACCAGUGGGUAGACCAGUUUGGACGCCUCCUCCUCACGGCUCAGUGAAGGUUAAUGUAGAUGUAGCAAUUUCAGAAGAUGGCUGGGUGGGCUUAGGGGCUAUAGCUCGUGAUGACAGAGGGAGGGUUCUCUUCUCGGCAGUUAGCAGAUCAAGAGCACGUUGGGAGCCAUUGGUGGCUGAAUGCAAGGCAGCUCUCUUUGGUAUAAAGAAGGCAACGGAGAAAAAUUUGGGAAAUAUAAUUCUGGAGGUUAACUCUCUAAUGCUCGUCUCUAAGCUUAAGAAGGGGUCCUUUUCUCUAGCGGCUGUCAGGGGCGGACCCAAUUAA